GACAUUUCGCUUUAUUUUUCUUUUGCUUUCUUCAAACACGUUGAGAAUGAAGGUGCAGUUUAUGUUGGUAGUGCUUUUGUCUAUUGCGUCGUGUUAUGCGUACCAGUCCUAUUGCCGGUGCCAAUGCAAUUCCGAUGAUAACUAUCUUUUGAUGGAGAUCACUGACGAAUUGAAAAAUGACAUUUUGAAAUCAAACGAACAACUGAAAGCAAGCGAUCCCUCGCUAACUUUUACAGAAGAUUUCAAAAAAGACUGUUCGUUCUGUUCCAAGAAAUUGUGCAAAGAAAGCGUAGAUAAAGAUGGAAAUACAAUUUGCAAGAAAACAGUGAUCAAUGAAAUUGUCAUCAACUGCUUUGAAAGAGAGUCCUUGAAAGAUCAAGUUGUUAUAUACAGCUUUAUUAUCAUAACAAUCGUGCUACUUAUCUGGGCUUUAUUAAGCAGGAAUAUGUGACGGAAAACAAACAAACAAACAAAACACAACUAUUCAAGGGAUGCUUCUUAGGGAGUACAAAAUUCGAGAAAAUUAGUUGGUCAUAUACUAUAGACUGGAAUUGAGAUAUUUGAUUACAAUUACGAUAUCUGGGUUGAGUGGUUUGCUCACUGCUAGAUUAAUAUUGAUCCAGUUGGACAUGAGAUAUAGAUGGGAAUCGUGGUGUCCGAGCAGGAGUUAGCUUCAGCUACUGUGUGUUAUAUUUGAUAAUUCUACUGUAUAGAAAUAAAACAAACCAGGGUGUGCUCUUCUUCAAUCAUGUAAUACCAUAUACAAAACAAAACAGAGAAGCUGACUAUUUACAAUUGAUGAAAUAACAUUAAUGUGUGAGAAAGCAAAAAAU